AACGCAGAGUGGGCUUCGGCCAAACCAAGAGGACGAAGACUCAUGGUACCGGACCUUUGACGCUUCUAUACCAGCUCAACACGACGGAUGGUCAGAGGCGGUGAAUAAUUACGAGUUUUUGCAACUCACAGGAAGUGGCGACCCCCUUGCAUUCCAUCCUCAAUCGGCCGGUUUUGCGAGCUCUGUUCCUUAUCCGAGUAGCAACGGUUCACGGUGGCACGCUCCUACAGCGGCCCCUGACACUGUACUCUCGGAUGCAGAGAACGAACUCUUCUCCUGGAUCUCUUGGGAUGCAUGCCAGUUCGAAAUUCCACCCGCACCGGACAAAUCUCUUCCCCCAUCACCUCGACUCGAUCCUUCACCAUCCAGCACCUAUAUCGAUGGCUCAAAGCUGCCGACCGCUCACAACACGACUAGUCUUGACAACUUUUCGCAAUCGGCCUUUGGCGCUCGACCUUGGCUGCUGCCAGGUGACAGUGAUCAGUCGUCUUGGUCUCAGGGGUUUGAUCUGGAUCCUCUACCACUGGCACCCCUUGAUAUACCAUCCACUCCUGCCAAACUGGCCCCUACCCAACCGUCUGUUGAGCUACGACCACCCAUUCUCCUAUCUUUGUCUCCCGAGCCUGUCAUCUCGAGUGCGAGUAUCUCCGACGGCUCGUACUCACCACCUAUCUCCUACAGCACCUCGUCUCCCACCUCUCGACAACAACAACAACAACAACAACAACCCUCGCCCGCAGUCCGAGUGUCAUUACCCACCCUGGCUCCGGCCAACACUCCCGGUAGGCCUGAACCCCAUCAACAUUUCCAAUGCCAGAUGGGGCGCUGCACAGACACCUACGACAGCGAAAAAGGCCUAUGCGACCACAAGCGCACAAUGCACAGGUUCCGCUGCGACCUUGGCUGCGAGUCCGUCGGCUUCAGCUCCUCGCGGGGUCGGAAGCGGCACUACGCAUCCGCGCACGGCAUCGGACCGCAAUCCUAUCAGUGCGGCUGCGGGGCCGCCAACCACCGGCGCGACAAUCACCUGCGGCACCUACGCAGGUGCGUCCCGUCGAGCCGGGGCAUAUACGUUUGCUCCUACUGCAUGCAGGGACACUAUACCUUUGAGAAGAGAGAACAUCUCCAGCAUGUGGAGGGGUGUAAAGGGAGGGCAGGGAGACCGAGGGGCGACAGAGGAUAAUCAGACUAGGCACGGGACGCGACUAGGUUAUGACUGGUCUGUUGGUUAAGGAGCGGUAUCGUGAAGCUGCCAUGUUGUCUUCGUCUUUUUUUCUUUCUUUUGGAUUGUGCCGAGGUGCCCUUGGUUUAUGAUGAUCUGGAGGGGAGGGAGACGAGGAGAAGGAGGAAGAGAGAGAGGAGGAGGAAGUGCAGGGGGAGGAAGACUCCCCUGGAGAGCUGGAGGUUUAAUUCCGUUUGGCAACUUCGGCCUUCUGUCGUUUUUGACUCGUG